AUGAGGGUGAUCUUCACAGAUCCACAAAAGGUAUUCGUAGCGUUUCUCAUCUUCGGCCUCGUCAACAACGUCCUCUAUGUAGUGAUUUUGUCGGCGGCCAUUGACUUGGUGGGGGCUGCAACCCCCAAGGCAAUCGUAUUGUUGGCAGAUAUAGUUCCUGCGCUCACAAUUAAACUGGCAUCGCCAUUAUUCAUUCAUUUGAUUCCUUACACUCGGCGGAUUCUUGCGUUGGUGGCACUUUCAUCUGUAGGAAUGCUUAUCAUCAGUUUGUCUGGCGCCAAUGCCAUAGGAACGAAAGUCAUGGGAAUAGCGUUUGCAUCGUUGUCGUCUGGACUCGGCGAGGUAUCUUUUCUUCAGCUCACGCAUUAUUACGACGAAAAGGAUGCAAUUGGAGGAUUUUCGAUGGGCACAGGUGCAGCAGGCAUCCUAGGCAGCUUUGCGUUCUUGGUGUUGACCAGUUUGUUGGGAAUAUCUACAAGAACACUGCUUUUGGUGUUUGCCGUGGUUCCACUUUUGUUCCUUGUCUCGUUUUAUAUCAUCCUUCCGGAGCUGGCCUCUGAAAUUCAGUAUGGUGCGCUUCCCACGGUCGACGGAGAGAUCGUCCACACUGAAGCACCGCAAGAUCUCAAGAAACACAUACUCAACACCAUUCUGAGAAUAGUACCACUUAUUCGGCCGUAUAUGUUGCCAUUGUGCUCUGUGUACAUUGCAGAGUAUACCAUCAACCAGGGAGUAUCGCCUACCCUUCUAUUCCCACUAGAACAAAUGCCACAAUGGCUAAUCAAAACCUACAGAGAUAUCUACGUUGUAUAUGGAUUUAUGUAUCAGCUCGGAGUGUUUGUUUCGCGGUCUUCCUCAACGUUCGGGUUUCGCUGUCGGGGGCUCUACAAGCUAAGCGUACUACAAGUUGCGAAUGUUGCCAUUGCAAUAAUUCAGUCCAUGUACACCAUCCCGUUUCCCGGAUUGUGGCUGUUGUUAAUUUUUGCCCUAUAUGAAGGCUUAUUGGGAGGGCUUCUGUAUGUCAACACGUUUCUUUCCGUGAGCGAAGAGGUACCUCGGAGCGAGAGGGAGUUUUCGAUGGGAUGCGUCGGAAUCAGCGACUCGUUUGGAAUCAUGAUAGCGGGCUGUAUCAAUUGGUGGUUGGAACAGCGGCUCUGCCAAUUUCAAGUGGACCGCGGACGCAACUGGUGCAAGAACCCAAAUCUAUAG